UUCUCCCCCUCUUUUAGCUAUGUCUGCAUUUGAAAUUCAGCCACUUCCAGUGGAGGCGCAUGAAGGGAGCGUGGCUCGCUUUGCAUGCAAAAUCUCUGCCAACCCUCCUGCCGUCAUCACCUGGGAGGUAAAUCGGACAACCUUGCCAAUAGCCAUGGACAGAAUAACUGCAUUACCGAUGGGAGUGCUGCAGAUCUAUGGUGUUCAACAGAAGGAUGCUGGGAAUUAUCGCUGUGUCGCCACAACAGUUGCCAACCGGCGCAAAAGUGUCGAGGCAAUGCUCACGGUUGUCCCAGCCUCCAACAUUAAGCUUUUCCACAAGCCAUCCAUCAUAGCUGGUCCUCAGAACAUCACAACUUCCUUGCACCAAACUGUCAUCUUUGAAUGCAUUGCCACAGGGAAUCCAAAGCCUAUUGUUUCCUGGAGCCGUUUAGACCAUAAAUCCAUUGACGUUUUCAACACUCGUGUGCUUGGGAAUGGGAAUCUCAUGAUCUCGGAUGUGAAAGUACAGCACUCUGGAGUUUACAUCUGCCGUGCUACAAUUCCUGGCACACGCAACUUCACCACCGCAAUGGCAACACUUGUUGUGCUAGCUCCCCCUUCGUUUGUGGAGUGGCCAGAAAGCUUGACGAGGCCUCGAGCUGGCACAGCUCGUUUUGCCUGCCAGGCAGAAGGCAUCCCAGCUCCCAAGGUGUCCUGGCUGAAGAAUGGGAGGAAGAUCCAUUCCAAUGGCAGAAUCAAAAUGUACAACAGCAAACUGGUGAUCAACCAGAUCAUCCCUGAAGAUGACGCCAUCUACCAGUGCAUGGCUGAGAACAGCCAGGGCUCCAUCCUGUCCAGGGCACGAUUGACGGUAGUUCUGUCCGAAGACCGGCCCAGUGCCCCUUGCAAUGUCCACGCAGAAACUAUGUCAAGCUCAGCCAUCCUUCUGGCCUGGGAGAGGCCACUUUACAAUUCAGACAAAGUCAUCGCUUACUCAGUGCACUACAUGAAAGCAGAAGGUUUAAAUAAUGAAGAAUAUCAAGUUGUUAUUGGAAACGACACAACACAUUAUAUUAUUGACGACUUGGAGCCUGCCAGCAACUACACCUUUUACAUAGUGGCCUACAUGCCGAUGGGAGCUAGCCAAAUGUCUGACCAUGUGACACAGCACACCUUGGAAGAUAUCCCUCUGAGGGCUCCUGAGAUCAGCUUGACAAGCCAAAGCCCCACAGACAUUCUCAUCUCCUGGCUGCCGAUUCCAGCCAAGUACCGGCGAGGCCAGGUCGUCUCGUUCCGCUUGUCAUUUCGACUCAGCACCGAGAGCACCGUCCAGGUUCUGGAGCUCCCAGGCACGACCUACGAGCACCUUUUAGGGGGCCUGAAGCCCGACAGCAUCUAUUUGGUUCGUAUCUCUGCAGCAACUCGGAUUGGCUGGGGAGAGGCCUCCCUGUGGACUUCUCAUCACACGCCGAAAGCCACGAGUGUCAAAGCACCAAAAUCUCCUGAGCUGCAUCUGGAACCCCUGAACUGCACAACGAUCUCAGUGAGCUGGCAACAAGAUUUGGAGGACACGGCAGCCGUCCAGGGCUACAAAUUGUACUACAAGGAAGAAGGCCAGCAAGAAAAUGGACCAAUCCUGCUAGAGGCCAGUGACUUGACACACACCAUCAGUGGCCUGGAUCCCAGAAGGAAGUACCAUGUCAGACUCCUGGCCUAUAACAGUGUGGAAGAAGGCUACCAGGCAGAUCAGACGGUCAGCACUCCUGGAUGUGUCUCUGUCCGUGACCGAAUGGUCCUGCCUCCACCACCACCUCACCACCUUUAUGCUAAAGCAAACACCUCUUCUUCCAUCUACCUGCACUGGGGACGACCUGCAUUCACCUCUGGACAAAUCAUUAACUACACUCUCCGCUGCAACCCUGUAGGGCUACAGAAUGCCUCUCUGGUCCUCUACCUCCAGACCUCAGAAACUCAUAUGAUGGUUCAGGGACUGGAGCCAAGUACUAAGUAUGAGUUUGCAGUUCGGCUACAUGUGGAUCAGCUCUCAAGCCCUUGGAGUCCUGUGGUCUACCACACAACUCUUCCAGAAGCACCAGCUGGUCCUCCACUGGGAGUGAAGGCAACUCUGAUAGAGGAAGACACAGCCUUGGUUUCCUGGAAGCCACCCGGUGGGCUUGGCACUGUCAUAUCACGUUACACAAUCCUCUAUGCAUCAAGGAAAGCUUGGAUCGCUGGCGAGUGGCAAGUCCUGCACCGGGAAGGAACUAUAACAAUGGCUUUGCUGGAGAACCUGAUGGCAGGAAACAUCUACCUCAUUAAAAUAGCUGCAUCCAAUGAAGUGGGGGAAGGGCCUUUCUCCAGUGUGGAACUUGCUGUCCUACCAAAGGAAGCAUCGGAAUCAAAAAGACCCAAACGCUUGGAUUCGGCAGACGCUGACACAGCUAAUUCCGGCUAUUACCAGCUGGACCAGAAGUCGAUGACAGGCAUCAUUGCAGGUGUCUGCAUUGCCCUGACGUGCAUCUUGAUCUGCAUCCUCAUCUGAUCUAUCGCAGGCAAAGCCAGG